AUGCUGUCCUCGACGUUGAAGAAAUCAGUUGGCAAAGCUGCCUCAUCGACUCCCACGCUGAAGCGGGGCAUGGCGGCUGCUGCUGCCUCUUCUACAAAGGAGGUGGAGGAAAUUGGCAGCUUUGGCCAAAUGACGCAGCCCAAGCUGCAGCUUUUUGGCUUGCAUGCCCGUUAUGCCAAUGCUCUUUAUAGUGUGGCUGCCAAACAGAAUCAGCUGGAAGCUGUAGAGAAGGAGCUUAAGACUAUUGAAGAGACCAUUGCCAAGGAGCCGAACUUUGCCUCGUUCUUACACGACCCCACGAUUGCCCGUGCUUCUAAAAAAGAGGACAUUGCCAAGGUCAUGGAGCAGGCCAAGUUUUCCAAGCCUGUGGCUGGCCUUUUUGAGGUACUUGCAGACAACGGCCGUCUGCCAGAUGUCGCGGGCGUCAUCUCCGCCUACAAGAAGCUCAUGGGUGCCUACCGCGGUGAAGUUCAGGCCAAGGUCACGUCGGCUGACCCGCUGACCAAACCACAGCUAGACCAGGUCAAGAAGGCUCUUGCUGCCCGUGUGGAGAAGAACGAGAAACUGCUGCUGGAGACGGUUGUGGACCCUGAAAUUCUAGGUGGUCUUAAGGUGCAAAUCGGCAACUACUUCAUUGACCUGUCGCUUGCCACGAAGAUUGACAAGAUCAACACAUUGCUUGCCAAUUCAAGUCAGCAAUAA